UCAUAUAAAAGUGGCUCGCGGGUCGCGCCUCGGCUCAGUCUCAGGUGAGAGGCACGGCCGCUACAGUCGCGCUCAGUCUCCGCCCGGAGGCCGCCGCAGUCACCCGCGCCCCCGCCCUCGCCCCGCUCCCGCCCUCAUCACCACCAACUUCAAUGAGUCCGGACGCGGAACACAUCGCUACUAGCUACGAUAUGAAGAAUAAUGUCAAACCGUCGUACUGGGGCCAGCGCACGUCGUUCGAGCGGCGGCUGCUGGUGGUAGCGGCGCUGGCGUCGCUGCUCGCCGCCGCCUUCCUCGCCGCCUUCGUGGCCGCGCUGCUGCUGCGCCCCGCCGACGUCAACAGCCUCCCGCAGACCAGCGAGCUGCGCCGCUCGUCCGGCGCGCACCCGGCCACGUUCGCCGCUCCGGCCGCCGUCGGCAAGGACGGCGAGGAUGUAUGCAGCGACCCCGCUUGCGUUCACACUGCAUCAAAACUACUCUCUAACAUGAACGACAAGGCGGACCCGUGCGACGACUUCUACGACUUCGCGUGCGGCUCGUUCGUGGACAACACCAGGAUCCCAGACGACAAGACGUCUGUCAACACGUUCUCCAUCAUCACGGACCAGCUGCAGGAACAGAUCCGGUCGCUGCUGGACGAGCCGGUGACCGCCAGCGAGCCGCGCCCCUUCGUGCUCGCCAAGACGCUGUACCAGGCUUGCAUGAACAGGACUGCCAUAGAAGCGCGCGGCACCAAGCCGCUGCUGGAGAUGCUGCGCCGGCUCGGCGGCUGGCCCGUUUUGGAUGAGGACAAGUGGGACGAGCAGGGCUUCAACUGGAAGGACUCGGUCUACCGCUUCAGGGAGGCAGGAUACUCCGUCGACUACUUCCUGGACUUCUCCAUCUCGGUUGACGUCAAGAACUCCACCAAACGGAUUAUUGAUCUGGACCAGGCGUCGCUGGGGCUGAGCCGCGAGUACCUGAACCGAGGCUUCUCGGACAAGCUGGUGCAGGCCUACUACAGCUACAUGGUGGACAUCGCCCAGCUGUUGGGCGCGGACAAGACCAGGGCGGAAACAGAACUCAAAGAGUCCCUACAGUUUGAAAUGCUACUCGCCAACAUUUCACUGCCUCUGGAGAAGCGUCGCAACGCCACCCUGCUCUACAACCCGAUGACCAUCGCUGAGCUGCAAAGGAAGUUCCCAAGCAUCCCGUGGCUGGAGUACAUCAACCAGCUCUUGGCGCCGCAUCUCACCGUGGGACUCGACGAGGUCGCCAUCGUCAACGUGCCGCAGUACAUCACUGAUCUGGAGAAACUGCUCCGCACCACCCCGAAGCGCGUGCAAGCCAACUACGUGAUGUGGCGUGUCGCCGGCGCGUCUGUGUCGUAUCUGACUGAGGAGCUGAGGCGUCGACAGCUGGCCUACGUCACCGCCCUGUCGGGCAAGACCGAACGGGAGUCACGCUGGAAGGAGUGCGCUGAUACCACCAGUGUCAGUAUGUCCAUUGCUGUUGGCGCGCUGUACAUCAGGAAGUACUUCAACGAGGACUCGAAGGCCAAUGCCCUGGAGAUGGUCAACGACAUCAGACAACAGUUCCGCAAGACCCUGGAGGAGGUGGAGUGGAUGGACGAGCAGACGCGCUCGGCGGCGCUCCACAAGGCGGACUCCAUGGCCUCCCACAUUGCCUACCCCAGUGAGAUGCUGGAUGAUAACAAACUCACUGAGUUCUAUUCUGGGCUGGAGAUGUCAUCAGACAAGCUCAUGGAGUCUGUGCUGAACCUGACGCUGUUCGGCACAGAGUACCUGUUCAGCAAGCUGCGCGAGCCCGUCAACAAGUCGGACUGGGUCAGCCACGGCCGCCCCGCCAUCGUCAACGCCUUCUACUCCUCCAUCGAGAACAGCAUUCAAUUCCCUGCCGGUAUCCUGCAAGGCGCGUUCUUCUCCGCUAACCGCCCAGCGUACAUGAACUACGGUGCUAUAGGCUUCGUCAUUGGACACGAGAUCACCCACGGAUUCGACGAUCAGGGUCGUCAAUUCGACAAGAACGGCAACCUGGUGGACUGGUGGCAGGAGGUGACCAAGCUCAAGUACCUGGAGAAGGCCAAGUGCAUCAUCGACCAGUACUCCAACUACACCGUCAAGGAAGUCGGCCUCAAGCUGAACGGCGUGAACACUCAAGGGGAGAACAUAGCGGACAACGGGGGCAUCAAGGAGGCCUACUUCGCGUACCAGGCGUGGACCCAGCGCCACGGCCAGGAGCCGCGCCUGCCCGGCCUCGAGAAGUACUCUCCUAAACAGUUGUUCUGGCUGAGCGCGGCCAACACGUGGUGCUCGGUGUAUCGCAACGAGGCGAUCAAGCUGCGCAUUACGACAGGGUUCCACGCGCCGGGCCGCUUCCGCGUCGUUGGGCCCAUGUCCAACAUGGAGGAGUUCGCCAGCGACUUCCACUGCCCUCUGGGCUCGCCCAUGAACCCGCCGCACAAGUGCAAGGUCUGGUAGUUAUUGCCAACUACACACUACGCCGCUGAAGAGAAGAGCCCCGAUACAUUGCUGAAUUGAGCGGAUUGGGCGUCUAAAACCCACCCUGGGUGACUAUUUGCUACCCGAGGUAUUUUGUCUAUGACUCGUUACGCACUGUUGUAGGUAGGUACUUACUGUAUUCAACGAAUUUCUAAAGGAGAUAGGUCGGCCCUUACUAGUGGUAGGAGUUAAUGUUAGUUUAGAAUCCGUGAAAUACUCGUACUUUGUCAAUCGCUGUAAAUAAUACACAUUUAUAAAUUAUUAAAGGCCAUGUUUGCUACGGAGCUCGGAGGUGCAAUGGCAUUAAAAUAUAGGAUUUCUCGAUGUUACUUAUAUCACAAUUUUAUUACUUACGUGCAGUACCUUAAGAGUUGUAGGUUUUGUUAUUGUUAAUUUUUGUAUAAUUAUAUAUUUAUUUUUAUGGUUACAGUUUUAUAGGAAAUCUCGCCACCACACUUUGAACCUGACUUUCACUUUGUGUGAAAUAAAAUUAAUAGAUCUGAUUACACCGGUAGGAUUAAGAUAUUUAAUUACUUGGCGACAUAUAAAUAUUGAUUUAUGUAAAUAAUGCGGACACAGAGAGGGUGAAUAGGAUUUAUGAAUUCAUAUCGAUAGUUAAUAUGUCUAUCAUUCAGAUAAUUUUCUUUUCAUUUCUAUUGCGAUCAAGUUUAUUAUACGGUACAACUUGAACUUAAGAUAUUAUAAAAACUUAAUGAAUAUUUAUUCUCUUUGUUCCACAUUUGUCUUAUCAUCCUCAAUAUUAUUAUAAUAUAAGUAACCGAUUUCUAUACAAUUAAGUCCUAAAUUCUGGGCUCAAAAUGUUCGGUGAUAAUGAUAAUUUAAUUUUAGUCUAAGUAGUUAAUGAUAACAAUUUUGGAUACGAUAAUUUUGUUGUAAAAUCAUUAAAACAACAUUUAAAAAUA